CGCGAUAUGACUCCGGCCAAGAUAUAUCUCACCACCAGUCUGGCCAGAAAGACAGACCGCCAUCACCGAACACAGCAUGCAGCAUUGUUCCUGACUACGCGCGCUGCACACACUCGCUCAAGUGCACCAGUCCCGACCCUGGUCGACAAGCCGGCCAACUGAUCAGCGGUGCGUGGAGCAGCCACCCCCCAGCCAUCAUGGCCAGCCCGGCCUGCGCCGCCACGGUCACGGAGGUCGAGGAGAAGAAGCUCCUGUCCUGUUACCAGUGCAGAUCCCGGAAGCUCAAGUGCAACCGGGUCUGGCCGUGUAGCAGAUGCCUCGCUUCCGGCGCCGAGUGUCAAUUCCCCACGUCCCGCCAGAAACCCAAGGAGCCCAUCAAGCGGCCCCGUUUCAAGCAGCUCGAGUCACGCCUGCACGAGCUCGAGCACCGUUUCAAGGAUGACGAGACCAGCCCUUCACAUGAGAAUGGCAACAGUGCCCCAGGCGGUGCUGACUACCCAACGCCCAUAUCCUCUAGCUCAGAGCUGCUAUACACUGGCCGCUUCGAGCAGCAGCCGCCGCAAGACAUCGUAGACGAGCUAACGAACCUCUACUUCCUGCAUCUCUAUCCCAAUGCGCCAAUGCAGCAUCCCGGCCGUUACUUCGCCUCUCUGCUCAAGCCGCCGCACUUGCAGCCCCCCAUGUGUCUGCAGUAUAUCAUUCUCGCCCUCGGUGCUACCGUGUCCCCGCAGCACAAACACCUGGCCUUGCCGUUCUACCAAAGGGCAAAGAACUACCUGCACUACGAUGAUAUGACGGAUGACGGCUAUCUGGGCGUGACAGUCGCUCACGCACAGUGCUGGGUGUUGCUCAGCCACUUCGAAGCCAAGCAGCUAUGGUUCACGCGGGCGCCGGCAAGCAUCAGCAGGAGCGUGCGUUUAGCACAGAUGCUGGGCCUAGACAGCAUCGAUGGAGGUCCGAGCGGCCUCCAAUCCGUCCUGCCUCCGGCAAAGGACUGGAUAGAGCAGGAGGAGCGGCGGAGGACCAUGUGGUCCGUCUUCUGCACCGAUCUUGACACGAGCAGCACCACGAAUUGGCCGACGAUGCUCCGGCCAGACACGAUUUACACCCUUCUUCCUGCGUCGGACGAGAGCUUCAUAGGCGGCUUCGAGGAGGCAUCGGUGUCGUUGAACAGAGCGUUGAAGAAUCCCGCAUCACCGUACUCUACAUACGCAUGUCGCAUCCUCGGCUCGCUGCUCUACCACGAAUGCGCGAAUCACACGAUGCAGACCUACUCUACUGACCAGCGGAGCGACGAUGCACACCAGGGCCAAUUUGACACCCCGACCAGCGAGGACUUUUCGAGGACGCACCAGCACCUCGACAACCGCCUGGCGCUCAUGUUCAUGGCCUUGCCGGACAGCCUGGUGCACCCGUCAAGUCUCGACGGCAGGCCGGACGCGGCGCCCAUCGUGCUGAAGCUGCACACGAGCGUCAUCGCCAUCCACCGCAAGCUGACCGCCCGUGUCCGCGACGCUGGCGCCUCUCCCAGCGGGACCAGCGAUCCUGCCGUCGCGGAGGGCCAGCUCGCAGCCUCGUCGGCGCGCAUGCUCGUCUCGGCAGACCAGAUCUUCUCCCUGCUCGUGACUACGUCGCGGGACCCGACUGUCGACUUCUCCAACGUGUUUGUCACCUUUGGCGCGUUCAUGGCGUCGUUUGCGUACCUCGAGGACUACACGGCAACGCAAAACCCGGCUUCGGAGCAAAAGCUGGGUGUGCUGAUGGACUUGCUGGUCGCGGGCGCGGAGAGCAACUCGAUCGCCGCGUCGCUGGCAGUGCAGCUCGGGCAUGAGAUGUACAAGAGCGGCAUGGACCGUUCUGCCCUCGGCAAGGUCAUGCAUAUCAUCAACAAGUUGCAACCAGAUUAUCAGGACAACCUGAUGGGCCAGCAGGACGAGAAGUCUGGCGGUACAGUCUUCUGUCCUCUGGCUAAGAUGUUCCCGAAAGCAUAGUAAGGAGAGCCGGAUAGCGUGCCGAGACUUCUACUACUUGAAGGGUGAUUGCUGCCAGCUCAAUUCUCAAGAACAGAGAGCAGCACGAGCCGAGCAACUGGAACAAGACCUCGAGGCUUCGACGAAUAGGAGCGUAGACUGCUGACCUGCUGCUAUGAUCAUGAUCAUCAUCACCUGCAGCAUCUUCCCCGCAUUACUUGCGCACAUGCUGGCGUGACCCCGUGGGGAUCGACCCACGAAAAUACCCCAUUCUGCCAAGUCACGCGUGCAACAAGUGUGCAAUGUUACAUUACAUAGUACUCUUGCUACGACCUUUCGCCAGACCUGGACAUUGGCCUUUUGCGCCCGGGCAGCUUUGGAUCGCCAUGCACCGCGCGUUCUUGGCAGGCCUGUGUCCACGAGUCUCGAGCCAGACUUUACUCACUCGGACCGCAACUGGUCUGUAGCAUUGUCAUAGUGCAUCAACUGGUCCAUUUUCGUGUCUUACAACCGCCCC